UAAUUGAAAAUAAACUAACUUCGAAUUGUUGCCACAAACAACUACUGUUUUUCUUUUCUUGUCAACAGCUGUCAAAAAGUUCCAAAAUGGUACAGCGUCUUACAUUUAGACGACGUUUGUCGUACAACACCAAGUCGAACCAAAGGAGAAUAGUAAGAACUCCUGGUGGUCGUCUUGUUUAUCAAUAUGUGAAGAAGCCCAAGAAGAUCCCGAGAUGUGGCCAGUGCAAGAGCAAGCUGAGAGGCAUCCAGCCGGCAAGGCCUGCUGAGCGUUCCAGACUUUGCUACCGUAAGAAAACUGUGAAACGUGUAUAUGGUGGUGUCCUCUGCCACAAGUGCGUAAAACAGCGCAUCGUCAGAGCCUUCCUGAUUGAAGAACAGAAAAUUGUCAAGGUCCUUAAGGCCCAGCAAGCCACCGCUAGACCCAGCAAAAAGGCCGCAAAAUGAGCUUAGGGUGUAAAUAAAAUUAUAAUAAAAACCA